UGAAUCAGAUAAAGUGAAACUCGUACAGGGAAGCGUCCAGAUAAAGCCUUCAGUGCCGGGCUGAAGUCCAGAGCUGAUAGUGCGGCUCGCUCUCCCUCAGGAUUCUCCGGAUCUCCCAGUCGCACGGAUCGAGGAUGCUGUGGGUUUGUCUGGUUCUGGUUCUGCUGGCCCGGGAUCCUUCUGAAGCGUCUCCUGCUGAAAACAUGCACAUGCUCGAGGUUGAAGAGCACAAACUCAUCCUGAACCUCGGACACAAAGAGAUUCCCCGGGACUGUCAUGAUCUGUGGCACAGCUCUGGCGGUCAGGUUCGGGACGGGCUGUACCUGAUCCGACCCGGAGACUCGCCGAUCGCGGUGUUCUGUGCCAUGAGCGAGGGCGGGUGGACGGUGGUCCAGCACAUCACGGUCAACAGCAGCGUGGACUUCGACAGAACCUGGGCCGAGUACAAGCGAGGCUUCGGGUCGCUCACCGGGAACCACUGGCUGGGCAACGAGCACCUGCACCGGCUCACCGGCGGACCCGUGCGCUACAAGCUCGCCGUCAAGCUAGUCGACCAGGACGCCAUGACCAAGACCGGCGAGUACGACCCAGUUCUGGUGGAGGACGAGGACGCCCAGUACCGCCUGCGUUUGGGUCCGUUUCAGGGCACGGCGGCGGACGCUCUCACGCUCGACACCGAGAACUAUCUUCACGAUAACCAGCGCUUCACCACCCGAGACCGGGACAACGACAACUACUUCCAGAACUGCGCUAAGCUGGAGUUCCAGGGCGUUGCGGGCGGAGGGUGGUGGUACGACGCGUGCGCCGGCGCGAACCUCAACCGCAGGAACGUCAUCUACUGGCAGAAGGACUGUAAUAAAGAGCACUUGUGCAAAUACGCCUGGAUGAUGGUGAGACCUUCAGACCAGGUCAAGGUGGUUCGCUCCGGAGACUGCGCGAGAGACGAGCUCUGAGCAUCUCAACAUCCUUCAAACAAGAUGAACUGGGCACACUUUAUUUUAAGGUGUCAUUGUUACGAUGUAAUUAUACAUUUAAGAACUGAGUAAUAAUAAUUAACAACAUACUUACUACAGGGUUUGGGUAAGAUUAGGAUUUGGUUGAGGGUUAGUUGCAUGUAAUUAUGCACAAUUUACUGUUAUUACUGCGGUAAGUACAUGUAACAAAUGUAACAAGGACACAGUAAAAUAAAGUGUUACCGAAGAAUUUACUGGAGGUGUAUCUCACAGAAUUUAGUGAUGUUUUUAAUUAAAGUCUCCCUGUGGUGUAAAUCCAGCUUUUAAUGUUGUUUAUAUGUCCAUGUGGUGUUUUUAAUAUGCUUUAAAGGUGACAUAUUAUGCCUCUUUUCACAAGAUGUAAUAUAAAUCUAUGGUGUCCCCAGAAUGUGUCUGUGAAAUUUCAGCUCAAAAUACCAGAUCAUUUAUUAUAGCUCGUAAAUUUGUUCCUUCAAACAAGAUGUAUUUACUGUAAAACCAAAACAAUCUCUGUUCAAUUAAUUUCCUGUUAUCUCUGUAAAGCUGCUUUGAAGCAAUCUGUAUUGUUAAAAGCGCUAUAUAAAUAAAGGUGACUUGACUGGA